CUUGGAUCGCUUUGAGAGACCUGUGUUCGGUUCUAUUAAACACUUAGACGAAUAACCGCAAAACUAACCAUUCGAGGGGUUAUUGACCAGAAGAGCUGAUACAUAGGCAUAUGUGAACAUAUAAAAAAGGUUAUUCAAAGAUGAAUCCGACUUUCGCAUCAAAUACAAGCAAUUAUCCGGCAAAUGUGACGAAUAGGACAACUCUUUACACUCGAAGUAACUGGUACGAUCCUGACUACGAAACAACUAAAAUGUGGUGUCGCGGUGUAACAGCUUUUGUGGUUCUCUUUGGUAACUUUGUGUGCCUGGUCGCUUUCCUGGGGUCCAAAUCACUGCGCAAGCGCCCUCACUACCUACUCGUGCAUCUCUGCCUGGCAGAUUUCCUGGUCGGUGUUAGUGUUCUUCUACGACUGGUCAUCGACUUUUUUUACUGGAAACAUGGCAACGCGGAUUUUGUGUUCGCGUCUUUCACCUUUACUCUUGACUAUUUCUCGAGUAUCGCUUCUAUUAAUGUACUCACAUCGAUAGCUAUUGAAAGAUUCCUUGCUAUUGUCUUCCCUUUAUUCCAUCGCAUGUCAGGGAAAGGACUUUAUGCCUUAUUAAUUGGGAUCCCUUGGCUGUUGUCUACCGUGACUACCAUCACCUACGUAUUCUCGUAUCGAUUUCCAGUGAUUGAACUAGAUAUAUUUGAGAUGACAUAUCUCAUCGUGAUUUCAAUCCCGGUCUUCGUCAUCUUCAUCGCUUACACCGCCCUUCUCAUCAAAGUCAGAAAAAAUCACGUCCAAGUCCCAUGUCGCACCCAAGACUUGCGUGACAGAAAACUAGCUGUCACGCUACUCAUCGUCACGCUAGCAUCAGUGACUACUUGGGGUCCGUAUAACGUGUAUUACGUUUUAACAUUUCACUGUGAAGCCUGUGGCAUCAAAUAUUCAGGAAAACUAUUUUUUGGACUGAUUAUUUUACAGUACUGGAAUUCUGGUAUCAAUCUUGUAGUAUAUUUCUACAGGAUGCCUCAGUUCAGGCAAGUGAUUCUAGCUUGGUGUUGUUGUAGGCAUCGCCAAGUCAAGCCUCAAAACUCACAAGACAGCAGCAACAGUCACCCGCACGUUUCGUCAAAUAAAGUAUCAAACAGCGGGAUUAAUACGACGCGCCUCUAGACUAUUACAAGGUGAAUGCAGAAUACAUCACACCACUCUAGCAUACGAUGUUAGUGAAUGCGCAACGCACUAUUCCAGUAAGGCUCAGGUCAAACGUCGAUUUUCACAUGAGCCGAACUUAAUUACAUCAAAGAAAACCGCCUUGUUAUCCAUUGUUUCAAUUUGGUUCGGCUCAAGUGAAGUUCGAUGUUUGACCUGUGCAUUACUGGAUAAUUAGAUGGAUUAAAUGUACAACGCACCACAUCACUCUAGAAUACCAAUAUACCAUGGUAUAUCCGGUAUUAUACGAUAUUAGGGAAUUCGC